CAACUAAAGACAACAAUAAUGGGCCGAGUGAGGAAUCCUAAUUGUGCUAUUCGGGAUACAGUUUCAAAGCAGUGGGUCGGAUUUGGAGUAGGAGACCUUCAUUUUCUUGAUGGGUCAUGUAGUCCGAAUGAUUACGAUGCAAAAAUUUUGGAUUCAUCAAGAUACAUUGUUGAGGAUUAUGAAGUCUUUCAGAUUUUGAAUAAAGUCAAACCAGGUAGUGGUAUGAAAGAUAGACCAUCAAAGCCAACAUCUAUUUUCGGAUUUAUGUGA